AUGAUGCGCAUGAAGCCUGACCAGUGGCAGGACGUCAUCGACACCAACCUCUCGUCGGUCUUCUACGCAUCGCAGGCGCGCGCGCACGCCGCCACCAAGGUCAUGGGCAAGCAGCGCAGGGGCCGUAUCAUCAACAUCGCGAGCGUUGUGGGCAUCACGGGCAACGCCGGACAGGCCAACUACUCCGCGGCCAAGGCCGGCGUCAUCGGCCUGACCAAGACCAUCGCUCGCGAGUGGGCCGCCCGCAACAUCACCGCCAACGCCGUCGCGCCCGGCUUCAUCGCCUCGGACAUGACCGCGGCCAUUGACAAGAAGUAUGAGGAGGCCAUCCUCAAGAGCAUCCCCCUGGGCCGCUACGGGCAGCCGGAGGAGGUGGCGGGUCUGGUGCGCUUCCUGGCGCUGGACCCCGCGGCCGCAUACAUCACGGGCCAGACCUACACCAUCGACGGCGGCAUGGUCAUGAACUGA